UCGUGAUUAUCUGGUUCAUAUAGAUACUAUUGCAAUACCACCCCACUCCAUCAGGAGGUACAGUUAACCCUGGAGGUCAAGACAUUGACAGUAGAUUAAGCAGAUACCUAACCUGAGUGAUGUACGUUAUCUACAACCUCUGCGAGUUCUUAUAUUAAAUACUGAACAUGAUCAUCUGGAUUGAAUCCUCAUUUAAUGGAAACUACGUUAUCACAUAUUGGCGACGAGGAUACUGGAUGGAGGAGAAAAGUGCCUGAUUAAAGUCGGAUGCGUCGGGAUGACCGCAGGUGGCAGACGGUAGGAACGUGCAAAGUGCUAUUGGACUGGAGGUAACGAGCAAAACGGAAAGAUGACUACGAUGAUGAUAGGCACCCUGUCAACUUUUGAUGCAAAAGAGCAGACUUGGGAAGAGUACUGCGAGGUUCUCGAUCAGUUUUUUGAAGCUAAUGGGAUCGAUGAUGGAGAGAAACAGAGGGCUAUCCUAAUCAGUGUGGUCGGUCCAGCAACGUACAAGCUCAUGAGAAACCUGGUGAGUCCAGAUAAGCCAUCUUCGAAAACAUUCGAUCAGUUAACACAAGUAAUGAAAGAGCACUUCAAUCCUAAACCAAGCGAGAUGGUGCAGAGAUAUGUGUUUGACUCGCGUUCACGUCAGCCUACGGAAUCUGUGAGUGCAUAUGUAGCGGAGCUCAGACGACUAGCUCAUGACUGUAACUUUGGCACUACACUGGAGCAAAGGUUAAGAGAUCGUCUUGUGUGCGGUAUGAAUGACGACCGGAUUCAAAGACGUCUGCUCUCCGAAAUAGACCUGACGUUUGAAAAAGCAUUUAAGAUAGCAGUAGCUGCAGAAACUGCAAGUAAAAAUGCCCAAGACCUACAAAAGGCGGCCGUAGCAUGUAACAGCAUGAAAACGGAGGGAAAAGAGACAAGAGGAGAAUGGAGAAACAAAGAGAGAGAUUGUUAUCGUUGUCACGGAAGGCACAGUGCAGUGUCAUUUUUGUGGGAGAGUAGGGCACAUCGCUAAGGCUUGUAGGAAUAAAAGUAAAGAUGAUGCCCGUCCCAGUGAAACCAAAGCACACAGAGCAGAGCGGCGCGCACGCCCUCAACCCCGUCCACACAGGUCACACAACGUGUGUGAGAGACA